AAUUUACUUUCCCCAGAAAAUUAUCAAAUCAAACCCAUGCUCCAUUGUAAAAAUUGAAAAUUUCGAUUCACAAAGUUUUCUAACAAAAUGCCCCGAGUUUUGACUGUUUCGUUAUCCCAACACCAUCCAGCAAAUAAAAUAAGAAGUAGCGCAUGCUAGCAUUAAUUCCGAGUCAUCACUCAAUCUGGCUAAUAACAAUAACAACAGUACUAGUGGCGAUUCUCUUAACAACAAUAACAAUAACAACAGUGGCACUUGCAACAACAUGCCUGGUCCAAGUGUCAUACAGAACUCUACCAACUCUCUGAACAAUUCGACGGCAAGCGGGUUGCACAUGCAUGACAAUGACAUGAUCUCGCCGGUUUUGAUGGCCAAGUUCCUGCACGACGAACUCAAAGCGGGCGAAACGAAGCACUGCGACACCUGCCAGUGUGCCAAAGACCUUACGGUGUUGGCAGAUGUGUCCCACUCAUACUCCGUCUCUACCCAGACACCAUUUACAUUGACCAACAGCAAUGGCAAUCUCAACGAUACUACGACCCAGCUUUGCCUGCGCUGCUAUAGCAAUCUGAACUCGCCUUCACGUACAAACAGCCCAUACAACAAGAACUUACUCAAAUCCAGCGAUUCGGUCAUAUCGGAGACGAAGAGUUCCGUGUCGGAUUUGAAUGAAAUGGACAAAUUGUUUACUCCCGUUAAAAAGGACGAUCUCAUGGUUAAUCCGAUUCUGGGCCACCACCGAAUAUACGACAGACCUUACGGUCACAAAAGUAGUGGUCUGACAUUAUCGACUGCAGCCAAGCUAUCAUACAACACUUUGUUGGACAACAUGAAGUCGACCAAUAGCUAUCAGCGACGCUUUGUAGAUGGCGGCGGAACAGCCCUGGACCUGCUGGAGGAAAAGGUCAAGAACACGGCACCAGUUAAGCUUAAAAAACCUUUAGAAGAUAUCAACGGCAAUGAUGACAUACUUGAUGAGCAGAAACCCCUCUUGGGUCCAAGUUUGAACGAAAAUAUACCCGUGGAGCCAGCCGAGGAUACACUAAACGCUAAGACAAAACUGCGAACAGAAAGUUCUUGUGAACUUAGGAGGGGUGUAAUUCGGGAUCAUAUAAAAUCGCCGACCGCCAGCACUAAAAGUGCUUUGGAGGCUUCGAAGACGUCUAUUGAGGGUAUGGUGAAGAGUGCCAUGACUGGCAGCUUGUCGAGUGUCUGGAGUAGAAGCAGCAGCUGUGAGGGGGCGAAAAUGUUUGAGAACUUCAAUCGAAAUCUCAUCAAAACAAUUAAGGCUGAAAAUCCCAAAAAUAGAGGACCACGGUUGUGCGCCAUGCGCAUACAGCAAAAUGGUCAAAGUAAUAUUCUCCUGGAUAAUAUGGAAUCCAUUGAGGCUAUCACGCCGAUCAUAUACCGGAGACGGGAACGUCUUCUAGAUGAAGAGCUCGACGAUGGCAAGGACAUCAUUACAUCCAAGGUAGCACUGGCAAAUGCCAAGUUACAACUGCAGCAGCAAGACCAAAUACAAAAUGCCGUUGAGACGGGUAAAGAGGCUUUGGAAAUCGAGAAUACAACAUCUGCUUUAGCAACCUCCUCUGUGAUUGCCGAUGGUGAGAGCGAAGCUAAUGUUACGAGCGGAGGCACGGAUUCGGAGAGACCACCAGACCAAAAAGAAAUUGUGUUACCUGCCAAAGAUGAAAAGACUGAUAAGUUGGUAGUAGAAACCACAAAACCCGAAAUGACCACAGCGGCCCCACCCCCUGUGACUUGUGAUAAUAGCUGUAAAAAUUCGGCAGGUACUCAAUACAGUUCAAUGGCAGAUAAUAUAGACUUCCAGGAGACGGUGAUACUGCGGCGGCAGCAACUGAGCCGUGUAGCCGAGUGGGUCCAGAACAACUCCAAGCAAAUGGAGAGAGAACAGCAAAAAAUGGAAAAGCUCAACCAUUGUGAAUCCUCGCCCACGGACCAGCAGUCAUCAUCCUUUUCUACACUGGAUCAGAUCGAUUCUGUGUCUGUGGAGAAAAUGUCCACGGAUUCCGGCUACAAAACAACGCCACAGUUCCAACAAAUAGCCAAUUCCAGUCAGGACGAGACCAUAAAGACUUCCGAUGAGUCGCUCUCGCCCAAGUCGGAGCUAAUCAAUGAAAUAUCCACACAGUUUAGUAUAGAUGCCGCCAACACUGCCUCCAAUGUUAACCUUCCUGAGUCUCCACAGGCGGUAUUAGAUUCUUCGCCAAAUACACACAUCUAUAGCACACCCCAGACCUACUAUCGGCGAACAUCGCGUUCUGGACUUCCCGUGGCAUAUACCGCAUCGGAGCCGCAGGAUUCUAGUUCUCAGUGCUCGCAAAUAAUUGCAACCGAACAGCCGACAUGUGAUAUAGUCAACUACAAGUACUAUCCCAGCGACAGUGACAAGAACAGAUCCUCGCAAGCAAAUACUCAUGCCAGUCGCACGGAAACCGUAGACAUUGCUCAAAUGGAGUACAACGUCAAGCAAUUUCUGCUGAAGCAAAAUGAAUGGUCGAUGCGCACUGCGACCACAAGUCUGUCGACUGCUGCAUCCACGCAAAGUCGAACGUCCACAAGACCCAUUAAAUUAUUUUCUUCGACUUCCGCUGCUGGCUUUGGACCUGGAAAAUGUGAGCGUAUAAUAAAUAGUGGGCCCAACAUAACACACUCCUCCCUGGGCAUGAUGUCGACAUCGAAUGGCGCUUGUGGUGGCAUCCCCCAAAGAACUGAAACGAAUUUAUAAAAAUCUAAGCCCGUAACGACUCGUUUUGUGCAGCUCUAAUCUAAGCUUGUUUAAUACUCCAUGCGGCCUAUAAAAUGCCAAACCUAACCAAUGUACAUAACUGCAUAUACAUAUAAACAUAGAUAAUAACAUCCAGGUGUAGAUAACAUCCACAAACCCCUUUGGAAUGUUUAUAUUACGAUAUAAUUUUUUUUAAAAAUCAGUCCUGAGUUUUUAACUGUUCAUUUACGAAUUGUGUUUACGAACAUCCUUUGGCAAGCCAAACAGUUUGACUAUUCAUUCUGUACUUGUCAGCAUUUCCAGAUUCUUUGUGGUUGUUAUAAUAGUUAAAGUAAGAUUUUCGUAUAAACAUAAGCGUGAGGUUUAUUUUAGUUUUCCAACGUAUCCGGAUACUAUAGUGCGAUUGCAAACAUUUAAAGAUGACAAUAAAAUUGUCAGACAAAUAAAAAUAAAAGAAUUUAAAAUAGAUAUAAAUAAAAUCUGUUGCAAAGUAUUGUACUCUUUUGCAAGCGAAUUAAUCUCUAAAGACAGCUAUAGCUAAGUAAAUAUUCUCCUAUACCAGUGCAGCUAUAGCAAAAAUAAAAGCGACAAUGUAUUAUAUAAGAGUUUAAGCUGUAACCCAAAAUAAAUUCCUAUGACUUUGACGGGAUAAGUUGUGGCCUGGAGCAAUUGGCUCGUCGAUUUAUUUACAAGAAAUCUAAAAAAAACACACACUUAAUUGACAAUAAAAACACCGUAUGACUUUCAAGUUUAUGCUUACAAUUUCCUUUAUUCUUAUAAGUAAUUUGCUACCAUUGUCCUUUUAAAAGUGCACACGCGAGGCCAACACCAUUUCAAGAAAAAUGAGAAACUGUACGCUUGGCAUUUCCAUGAUCUUAAAUAGAACUUGUUUUUCAGUCUGACUGAAAUAAACUGUUGCGGCAUGUCACCGAAUCUAUGACUGAGUCGAAUUCCAGGCCACCUUCGAUGUCAGAGCUAAACUAUAACCAACUGCAUUUAGCAAUGCCUCCAUAGAGAAAUUAGCUAAGAGAAAAUUACGAUAGGCUUAGUAAGCAAUACACACACAUACACAUACCUAUGUAAAAUAUACUUGUGUAAUCAUUCCAAUCGAAGAAAAUCUGAAAACCGACAGCAAUAACAGUAUAUCAUAUAAUUUAUGAACAAAACUAAAAACAAACCAAUUUAGACUAAUACAAAUAUAUCCUCUACCAAAGACACUGUACUCUAUUCGCUGUAUAUUCUACUCAUUGCCUAGCAAAAACAAAAAACAUGUAACCGAAUUAUAGUCUAAUAUAUUCAUGUUGACACCCUGCCAUUUACCUACACAACGGAAAGAAAGAUAUAAAACAAAACACUCACACAUCCAUCUACAUUUAAGAUAUGUGCUUUACAUUCAAUGUCUAAACUCUUUAUUAAAUACAGUACCUUCUUCUAUGGAAAUCAAUAAAAUCUAAGUAAUGUAACAACAAGUUAUUACGAACUAAAAUCAAAUCCUUCCUUCAAAACUACCUAAUGAAAGCUCUCACAACAGAAUAUAAAUCAAAUCAUCUGGCAUGUACUGUCGAACGGAAUCAAAUAUACACUGUAGCUUCGUCUGAAUAAAUGUGCAAAUACGAAAUUUACUCGAAUAUUAAGUUUUUUAUUUUAAUUUCUGUGUUCUCAGUUUCAAUCAGUCAGUUUCAAUACACAACCUAUAUCUAAUGCCAUUUAGAACCAGUGUUGGUGUUUCAAGUUUCCUUAAUGUACAAAAGCUUAAGCCAUUCUAAAUGUCGGAUCGUCAAAAUCUCUAUUUUGUCUUGUGGCAUUAGUUGCAUUUACAUAUCUGAAAAAAAGUGGCAGUUACCAUCUUUAACAAAUCUGGAGAUGAAAACUCCUUCGAAAACUAAAGGGAACUCCUUCAAAAUCAUCGUACUAGCCAAUCAAAAGUUGGCAAUCCUGUUACUACUUUUUACUUAGCCAGCAUUUGUCAGGUAAAAAGUUUUAAACGAGAACGUAAUAUUUGCUUGAGUUCUCUUUUUUACUAAGAGGACGGGUUUUUAGUAGUAGUAAUGGCAAAAUUGGUAAAAGUUGAAGCUUUGUACAUAUUUAAGGUUAUGUCUUGAAUUGAAAUUUGAAUUGAAUUGAAAUAAAUUUUAUUUUAAAAUACUUUAUUGAAAGUUAUCAUAGAGUAUUUUCAUUUUCAAGAUUAUGAUAAACUAUAAUUUUAUAUAUUGUUUUUUUUUUUUCUUUUAUCUUUUAGUAUUACUUAGGUAGUUAGAAAUAUAAAUAACGUUAAAGCUCAUAAAGAAACUAUUUAAAUAUCUAUAAACGGCUUCAUUUUUAUAAAUUAUUGGUCCAACAACAUUUAAUGAAACAAAACAUGCAUAUUUAAUAACAACAAGAAAAUAUAUAUAUUUACUUUCUAUAUAACCAACCACCUUGUCGUAACACACAUAUUUAUUAAUCUAAUCAUAUACACAAAUUGCAUAUACAAACAUUUAAAUAUUAUUCCAGACAGGCAUAUUUGUAUACAUGGAUAAAUAUUUGUAUGUAAAUAUUGUUUUAUUAUAUAAUUUUUCGUACAAAAUUAAAUCAAAUUUCUUGCUUUUUCCAACAUAAAAAUUUCUUGCUCCUUAACAUCAAAGAAAUAUUAGAUGACGAGUCUUGAAUUCGACGUAGUAUUUUGGUAUAGCUUCUUCAAUGAACUAUUAACUUCGCAAAGGUACAAUGAGCCUCUUUAGUGACGAAAAUUGAGUGCAGCCGGAACCAACUACAAAUUUGUAAAAUAAGUAUUUUAAUAUUUGUUCUAUAGCAAUUGAUAUUUUUAUAUUAAAUCCCUGUAGUGCUAACUACUGGAAUUGGAAAAAUCCAACUAUGUAAUUUGUAUGACGUUCAUAAAAUGCAGCAUUUAUAAAAACCUGUCGUUGCCACUUUAAAGAAUGCCACUACGGGUUUGUCCUUCGCUAUAAAACAAAUGUAUUAAAUAUUUUGGAAACACCUACUGUGUUCUUGAUUUUCUUUAAGAAUGUAAAUCAAGUAAACAUUUGUCAAAAUGUCUUAAUAACGUAUCGAUUUGAAAGCAAGCCUUUAAUUGUUCUCAAGACUAUCCGGGGCUUUUUGAGGUAAAAGAAAAAAAACUUUUAAAAUACAGGAUAUUUUUAUUCAUUGUCCCGUGGACAAUUUCGAAAAUGUCGGAGAAUCAAAUUUUCACAAAAAAUACAAUGUUUCAUGUAUUUUAUGUUAUAAAACGGUCAUUAUGCAAGCCACACACGAUACGAUCGUUGGUACAACUUGGAGGGUGGUGUUGUUUUGAUGUGCGCAACAAUGGUGUUGUCUCUUCGAAAAUAAACACAAAAUUAAUUUCCGAUUGUAACGUUUUAUUUCCGAUUGUAACGUUUGUGGGCAUGUCGUAUAUAGCCCACAAACGUUACAAUCGGAAAUAAAAAAAAUAAUUUUUUGUACAACCGAAACACAACUUCAUACAACCAGUUGUAUCGUGUGUGGCUUGCAUUAUAAGCUAUGCAUUAGAUAUCAUUUGAAAACUACAAUGUAUUUUUUGUUUUUAUAAUAAUAUGAAUAUUUUCAAUGGUGAUGCCUUAAUUUAUUAUUUUUCAAACUUUAUGUUUUACAAUUACCUGCUCAUUAUAAUACUACCUUAUUAUGUGUAAAACAAUGAAUAAACAGUCAAAAGCAGAAAUCCAACAAACCAACUUCUACAUCAUCUCACAAAUAAAGUUCGAAAUGGAAAAUGUAAUUCUGGCAACAGCAUCUUGAAUGCAUUAAUAAUUGCAUAAAUCUCGUUCACGAGACGGGCUAGCAAAGUAAAUGAAACCCAUUUAAAUGCGACUGUAUGUAUAUUGACUUAUAAUGAACACACAAAUAAAAAUUAUACUCUAAUACGAAUAAA